AUGGAUCAACCGUUCGCACUUCAAGGAGUUGAACAACAGAGCAAUCUAUCAUUUGGUGCACUCAGUGGAGAAGGGGACAGUUCAACGGAAUCCGAAGAAAACGAUCGACCACGUCGAUCGCGACGAGGACGAGACUGUAAACGCCUUGCCGUUCAUGCCUGUCCUUAUGCUGGAUGCUUGAAAACGUAUUCGAAAAGCUCCCAUCUCAAGGCUCACGUGCGUACUCACAGCGGUGAGAAGCCCUACUGUUGUUCAUGGGAAGGAUGCGAAUGGAAAUUUGCUCGCAGUGAUGAACUCACAAGGCACAAACGGAAACAUACUGGCGAUCGGCCAUUCCAAUGCAGCUUAUGCGAUCGUGCAUUUUCUCGUUCCGACCAUCUCAGUCUUCAUAUGAAACGACACAACGUCGCUUGA